UGGUUUACUUCCGCUUUUGUGUUACCUGCAAAACUUCUCACCAGUGUUUGUUUACAGCCCAGCAGGUCUACAUAACAACCGCACAGAACUUUCCAUCAGUCAGUGUAGAUCUAGUAAAGCCAUGGCGGGAAGAGGACAGCCGUCUCCUCGUCGGGCUCCGAUUGGCGGGAGGGGACGAGGACGCGCCCCGACGACUUCUGCAAGGUUGCCCCUAGCCUGUACCUGGUACAACAACCGACAUAAAGGCUGCAGCAAGGGCCACACCUGUACGUUCCUGCACGUCUGUCAGUUCUACCUGAAAGGAGAGUGCAGGUUCGGCGCACAACGCUGUUCUUUCUCCCACAACCUGCACGAUUCGCAGCCCAUUGGGGUUCUGAGUGAUUUCGGGAUCGACGCUUCGCAACCUGAGAGUUUCCUACUGGAGAUGUACAGGUUUAAUGUGCCGGUCGGGGCAACUCCACCCAGGAGCGCACAGCUCGCCGCCAUGCCUGCGGCUAGGAAACGAAUGCCGAGUGGGGGAGGAGGUUCCGCCGGACAGGGGGACGACGGUACGGGGCAGGGCACGGAGAUCUGCACUUUUAACCUGAGGAGCAGGUGCUCCUUCGCUGACACCUGUCACAACUGGCACUGUGCCAUGCCCUACCAGUGGCAGUAUCGCCAUCCUGGGAACGAGAGCUGGAAAAACUAUGACGACGAUUUGAAUAUCUUCAUAGAGAAGCAUUUCUGUGAUGUCAGCAAGGAAGACUGCGAGUUCGACUUAAACAUGAAUCAGUAUGUGUUGAACUUCAAGGACAUGAAGACAAGGUCGCAACAGGGCCCCUCGUCCUUGCUUCAGCGCCUGUGGAACACCGGUACCGCUGUGGAGAUAGAGACCGAGGUGCGGAGGCUGACCACGCCGUCGUGGGGGGCCAAGCCUGCCGGGUACCCGUUCGUGACGGAGUGGCUGUGGUACUGGCAGGACGUGGACGGGACGUGGGUGGAAUACGGGCAGAUGAACUCCUCCGGCGCGGACCGAGGCCAGAGCAGCCUGAGCAGUCAGGAUAUCGAGGAGCGGUACCAGGACCAGCCUGACGCCGAACUGAGCUUCAGCACACAGCACCAUCAGUACGUCCUGCGCCUGCGCGACAUGUGGCAGGAGAACGUCCGUUACAAGACCAGGCGUGACGUCAGACGGCGGCCUCGCUUCGUGUCCGAGGAUGACGUCAUUAAUCCGAGAAGGAACAAGCCCACAGCCCGCCGUAGGCUGACGUCAGGUUCCUCGGGAGUAGACGACUCGCUGCCCGCCCACUGGCUCGCGAUGGCCGAGGACGGGGACGACUAUGACGAGGUGCCCCUCUCCCCCAGCGGACCGACGGCCGGCGAGUACCAGCAGGUCAAGGCGCUGUUCGACCAGCAGGGCAUGGCGGGAACUCCCAUCGGCAACAUCAAACGUGUACAGAACCCCUACCUGUGGAGCGCUUACGUCAGGAAGAAGGCUCAGAUGAAGAAGCAGAGUGGCGGGGCGGACCCAGAAGAGCGCCAGCUGUUCCACGGCACCAGACCCGAGGCAGUGGACGCCAUCUGCCUGCAGAACUUCGACUGGCGGCUCAGCGGCACCAGCACGGGCGCGGCGUACGGACAGGGCAGCUACUUCUCCACGAGCUCCAAGUAUUCCAACGACUACGCCCAACAGGGCGCUCCCGGACGCAGGACCAUGUUCGUGGCUAAAGUGCUGGUCGGUGCGUACACCCGAGGGCAGUCCAGUCUGCGCCGCCCUCCCCCUCUCAACCCUGCCGAGCCGCUCGGGAAGACCUUUGACUCCUGUGUGAACAGCAGGUCCGAUCCUAAGAUUUUUGUCAUCUUCGACAGCGCGCAGUGUUACCCUGAGUAUCUCAUCGAGUACUGAAAUUGGUCCUAACUAA